AUGUUGAUUGAGUCCGGCGUCAUUAUAGAUGAAUGUGUAAAAUGCGGGUAUGCAAAUUUCGAAGACAACUAUCAGCCCAAGACUGAUUUGCUCAAAGCAGUUGCGAUAUUUGCGGCGGCUGCAACUGGGACGAUAGCAAUUAACCAUUCUUGGGUGGCUGCUAAUCACCAAAAACUUACUUGGAUCAACGUUGACAAGCAUAGCAGUACCACCAAAAUCACAAGUGCCCCCACCAAUCUUAGUGUUCUGCCAGUAGCUAUUGAAAUUAAAAGAAGCAUGGGCCAACAAAGUGUUGGGCUGAAAGUGAGUUUUGGUGGGCUUGGAACAUGUUUUGGUGGGCUUGGAGGUGGUGUUGGUGGUGGUGAAAUUAGUUAUCUUAUUUUCUUCUGGCUGCAGGUUCCGAAUUCAUUAAUUUCCCUUGUGACAGUGAUAUUGAGAAAAGGUGAGGAUGAUAUAACUCAGUUGUAUGCAUUGAGAACAGUUGAGAAUAUUUGCAGCCAAGGAGGGGUCUGGGUGGGACGUUUCACCAGUCAAGAUGUUAUUAAUAAUCUCUGCUAUAUCUAUAGAGCGGCAGGGAAACAAGAAAGCAUGAGGCUUACUGCAGGAUCAUGUUUAGUACGCUUAGUUCGCUUUAAUCUUUCCAGCAUUCAGUCUGUUAUAGAGAAACUCUCAUUCAAGGAUCUAGCUUCUGCUCUUGUCAAAGGCAGUCCGCGAGAGCAGCAAAUUAGCUUAAAUCUUCUUAACUUAGCAAUGCUUGGAAGUCAUAUGCUCACAAAUGUUGGAAGAUACCUUAUACAACUUUCAGAGGAUAAGAAUCUGAUCCCAAGUCUUCUGUCCCUUGUUGAGCAGGGUAGUGAAGUUUUAAAAGGAAAGGCACUUGUUUUUGUGGCUCUCCUCUGCAAGCACGGUAGAAGGUGGCUUCCACAGUUCUUUUGCAGCCAUAAGUUACUCUCAGUGGUGGAUAGGCUGGGAAAAGAGAAGGAUGCCUUUGUGCGGCAGUGUUUAGUUGCAUUUCUGCAUAUUGUGGCAUCUACUAUUCCAAGUUUACUGGAUAUAAUAACAGGGGAUUUCCAGCAAAUGAUGGGAGGAAGGCGCCAUGGACAUAUCUCUUCCCUUACCGACAGAUCUGCUCCAAAAGCCAAUAUUAAUUUGUUUCCUGUUGUCCUUCAUCUUCUUGAAAGUUCAGCUUUUAAGCAUAAAGUGGCGACACUUCCAGUACUACGGCAGUUGGCGAAUCUCAUUAAACUCGCAGAGACACCGUUUCAGGUCAGUGACUCAGCCGUUAGAUCUUGUUUACUUUUAAUCCUAUGCUUUCCUGAAAUCAUGAGUUCUGUCAGAGCUAACCUGCAAAGUUUCAUUAGAUAUUAAGUGUGCUAAGAUAUAGUCGAUAGAUAGUCUACUAAUGAAAUAAAAGGUGUGUUUUAGAAUCUAAGGGUUGACCUCAAAUCUCACCAAAAAAGAGUGUUGAUCUCAAAAUAAGUAUUUGAUAUAAUUAAUCAGUAAGAUGAACUUACUUCGGAAGUAACUUUUGUUAAGUUAAUAGGCUUAAUAACUUUUUUUGUAAACAUUAAAGUUCAUCAAUCCAACUGUUGAAUAUGGUAA